AUGCAGAGCUACUCGCCGGGGGCGCUCGGCUCGCACGGCUACCCCAUGGGCUACAGCCCGGUGCAGCUGGGGAUGCAGCCAGGGAUGCAGCCGGAGAUGCAGUCGGCGCAGACGAUGAUCCCAGGGAUGCAGCCGGGGGUGCAGCCGGGGGCGCAGUCGUUCUACGGGGGGCAGCCCGGGGGUCCCGUGCCCGGCGCCAAGUCUUCGUUUACCUACGCGUCGCGCCACCAUCUGGAGGACUAUUACGAGAAGACCUUCCCGCAGCCGCUGGGGACGCAGAUGCGGAUGCACCAGGAGGCGGACACGCGGAUGCGAGACAGCAUGCGGGACACCAUGCGAGACAGCUUCACGUCUACCCAGUCCGUCCAGACAGAUGAUUCAGCAUUAGCGGACCAGGCUCUCCUUCUGCAGCGCAAGCCGAGGCCUCGCGGCCUGGACCUGGAGGAGCACUUGUCGCGGAUACUUCUGUGGUCGGGGGGGUUCCUUGUGCUUAUCACGGCGCUGGGGCUUCUCAUCUGCUCGCUGAUGAUCCUCAACGAUGAGCGGUUCUUGAUGUUUUCGUCACUGAGCUACUCCGCCUGGUGGACCAGCGUCUCGCCCACCAUGUACCUUCUCCCUGUGCUGGCGGUGGCCUCCCUCCUGUGUGUGCUGAUCGCCUUCUGGGUGGGCUGGAAGGGGUCCACGACCCUGAUGAGGACGCUCACGGUGUCGACGAUCGUGCUCGGCGUAAUCCUCCUCUGCGUGGCCCCCUGGGCCAAGGCGUACAUCAGCAACGCCAGGCCAGACGUGGUGCGCGUGUCCAACCUGGAGGCGCCGGAGAGGCGCCUGCAGGGCCGCGGGGCCGAGGCCCGCGGGGCCGCCGGCGAGGGCUGGGCGGCGCGGCUCCGGAGGCUGCUCCCUGCAGGGGCCCAGCGGCCCCGCCGGCGGCCCCGCGACCCGAGGGCGGCGGCGGAGGACUUCGUUGCCGGGCUGCGCAGAGCGGCCGGCGGCGGCGGCGGCGGUCCGCGCGGUGCUGCCGGGAGUGGCGCAAGGCGGCUCACGGUGGGCCAGGCAGCGGAGGGCUGGCAGGACCAGUGGGACCACGCCCCGCAGCUCGUGGACGGCGUCACGGGCGCCCGCAGCAGCGAGCUGUGCAGGAAGGUCUCCGAGCUGUGCCGCCCGCCGCCGACUUUCGAGCCCGAGACCGCGUGCGUGUGCCGGCAGAUGUGGGACUGGGCGGACCCGAACCACACGAGCCUGCGGCUGCUGCAGGGGCAGCCCUCCGGCGGCACGGGCCCGACGCCCGCGCCGGCUGCCAGCCCGACCCCCGGCCCGACUGCUGGCGCGACUGGCGGCCCCGCCCCGACCCCGACUCCCGGCCCGACGCCCACUCCGACUCCUGGCCCGCCCGGCCCGGCUCCCGCCACGGCGCCCAGCCAGACCCCCGGCUCGAAGAAUGCCUCGAGCAGCCAGGGCCCGGACACGACGGAUCCCGCCGACGAGAGUUCCGAGGCGUCCGGCGACUCGGGCUCCACGACGCCGGACACUGCGGAGCCCGCCACCUCUUCGAACGACACAGGCCCCACGACGGCGGACACCGCGGAGCCCGCCGACUCUUCGAACGGCUCGGGCUCCACGACGCUGGCUCCUGCGGUAGAAGGGCCUGGGCCGUGGAAGCUCACCAUGGGCAACUACUGCAACGACUGGUACAGGAACAGCGGCAACGAUACCAGGUGGUGCUUCGUGUCCCCUGCUCAGCAGUGCCACCGGGAGCUGAUGGAGCAGGUGGAUUGCAUGUCGACUGGCUCGACCUGCAUCAAGUCGAGAGGGCCUUGCACGGACUCCGUGGACUCGCGCUCCUUGCUCGUGGCCGAGGCGCUGGAGCAGGUGGAGUGGCCAUUGGCAUGGGCUGCGGUGCUCGGCGCGAUGCUCCUCCUCUGUGGCAUCUGCGCCAUUGUCGCCUCGCGGCACAAUCUUGGGAGCACAGGGCGUACAUCCACCCCACCCCGCUCAGAGUAA